AUUUGUCGAGUCUGUUGAAGCCAUGACCUUCUUGUUACGCGACUUUGAAACAUUCAAAAUUACUAGACUAUAACAUCAUCAAAAUUAUCUGAUUAUGGGUGUAAAUAUCAUCGCCAGAUAAAAUUGAUAUGAUCGUGUUCAUUGUUCACGUUGUAAGGCCAAGUGGGCCAGUUGUAACUCAAGUACCGAGCAUGGGUGUACUCUUUUAAAUUUUCGAAAAAUGUUUUUGAUGAUAUAAAUUUAUUUAUUGAUACUGAAAUCAUUUGUCCGGAUCGAUUUCUUCGUGUUAAAAAUUCAAAUGAAUUUGAAAGUUUGAUGCAAUAUUAUUAACUCGACCGGAAAAAUGACGUACGAUGAGGUGUUGUCGAAGAUUGGAGAGUUCGGACGAUACCAUCGUAUCAAAUUUUUGCUGUUUUGCCUAACAGCCACUGUGACGGGAUUUAAUUUUAUGUCAGGAGUAUUCCUUGGGGCCGUACCAGAUUCCAGAUGUUUACUACCAGGCGAGAACAUAGAAAAUGUUACCUACGAAUUACCGUCAAAUAUCUCGAGUCAAUUUUACCCGUGGGAUGACAAAAUAGGCAGCUGGUCACAGUGCGAAAUGUACGAUAUUGACGGAAACUCCUCGUUGAAUACUUCAACUGUUAAAUGUGACCUCUACGUAUAUGAUACGAGCACCUAUGAGCUCACGACUACGACCGAUUUUCAUCUCGUCUGCGACAAGGCAUGGGUGAAAACCACCACCGACGCGCUCUUUAUGGUCGGAGUAAUGCUGGGAGCGAUAAUUUUUGGUGCAUCAUCCGAUAAAUGGGGUCGAAAACUGACUUACUACCUCGCUAUCGUUGGCUACUUAAUCGGCGCAAUACUCGUCUUUAUCUCCCCCGAAUUUAUUUCAUUUACCGUUGAUAGAAUGAUUUCUGGGGCGACUUGCAGUGGAAUCUUCUUGAUAGGCUACGUCAAUGCACUCGAAAUGGUCGGACGAACGCACAGAAAGACUAUUGUAGUUGGCAUUCAUUUAUCCUAUACAUUUGGAUACAUACUUCUUAUUAUUUGCGCAUUCUUCCUCAGGACAUGGCGAUAUUUGCAAAUUGCGGCGAUCGUUCCGGGUGUUCUAUUUUUAUUUUACUGGCCAUUCAUUCCAGAAUCCGCGCGAUGGCUUCUGACAAAAAAUCGAAGAGAGCAGGCAAUUGACAUACUCCAUGAGGCUUCUAAGGUGAAUGGCAAGGAAACGUCUCGGGGCACAUUGGACAGAUGGCUGGGAGAAACAGCGUCUGGCGAGUCGAAAAAAUUGUCGACUUCCGAUUUCCUCAAUUAUCCCAAUAUGAGAAACAAGAGUCUAGUGCUUUUUUUCAGUUGGUUCAUCAAUAGCGGCACGUAUUACGGGCUAUCCUGGAAUACCUCUGAUCUUGCAGGUGACGAUUUCGCGAAUGCUCUGAUUUCGGCCGUGGUAGAAAUACCCGCUCACGUUCUCGUAUAUUUCACAUUGAACAGAUGGGGUAGAAAGACUAUUUUGAUCGGCUGUAUGUUUGUCGCCGGAAUAUCUUUACUCGUAACGAUAUUCAUACCGAGUGAUAUGCAAUGGCUAGUCGUGGUGUUCGCAAUGAUGGGAAAACUCGCCAUUACGGCCUCUUAUGAGUCAAUUUAUGUCUUUACAUCCGAACAGUACCCAACGGUGAUAAGAAACGCGGGGAUCGGGGCCUGCUCCAUGUGUGCCAGGAUGGGCGGGAUCGUCGCUCCUUAUAUUAAUUACUCGUCAACUCUUUGGGUACAUUCGCCGCGUCUGAUUUUCGGAUGUAGUGCCUUACUUGCCGGGCUGUUGACGAUGAUUCUUCCGGAAACGUUAAACGCGAACUUACCUGACACGAUGGAAGAUGGUGAACAGUUUGGGAGGAAGCCUAAAAAGGCGGAGACAUCAUUUAAUCGAGAUGACUCGCUGACUACAAAAUCAACAAAGUAUUAAUAUUCUGAAGUCGAUGAAACUUUUUCGACUUCUUGAAGGAUCUCAGAAACCUUGCUCAGACCAAUGAUUAAAAAUUUCCAAAAGCUACGGUGAUACCUUCAGCAAUUGUUUAGAUGGAACAAUUUGACUAUCAGAUUCGGAUUCCUGAGCUUAAAAGACAUAAGAAUACCAUGAAAAAUCCUGUAAGAAAAAAUGUCCUCAAAAUCGAAAAAAAUCCAAGGGCUACCCCUUUGGGAAUGAGCUCAUUUUUGAGAAUGUUUUUCUAAUUUUUUUGUAUUUUGAAAAACACAGCAAAAAAUUUGAAAAUAUAUCCUUUCAAUUAUU